AUGGUCAAAAUUUCAAAACUCCUAGGAGCUUCAGCUCUUAUUGCCAGUGUUGCUGCUUUACCAAUCUCAAAAGUUACUGAAGCCUUGGAAGGUUCUAUCACCACCCAAUACACUUCAGAUUUGACUAGAGACGUGUUUGUCAAACAAAUACACUCCCAUAAUGACUACUGGAGAGACAUUCCAUUGUUUACUGCCUUAUCAUAUGGUGUGCAAUCUGUCGAAGCUGACGUUUGGCAUUUUGAAAAUGAUGACACAAUCUAUGUUGGUCAUCAUCAAGCUGCUUUGAACUCUGCAAGAACUUUCCAAUCAACCUAUAUUGACCCAAUUGUUGAAAUUCUUACUGCUGCAAACCCAAACAAUACUUUCACAGCUACUGAAACUAAACCUAACGGUGUUUUUGAUACCGAUUCAAGUGCUACUUUAUACUUAUUUGUUGAUUUUAAGACUGAAGGUGAAACUUUAAUGCAAUACGUUAUUAAAGCUUUGGAACCAUUGAGAGCAAAAGGCUGGCUAACAAAAUACCAAGAAGGUCAAGGUAUCUCGUGGGGUCCUGUUACAGUCAUUGGUACUGGUAACACUCCAUUUGACUUUGUUUCAAAACAACAAGAACGUGAUUAUUUCUUUGAUGGACCUUUGAAAACAUUGAAUGGUUCAUAUCCAGUUGAAUUGAACCCAAUUGCCUCAGCUUCUUUGAAAUCCUUGGUUGGUGAAAACAUCGGACCAAAUGGAUUGAGUGAUAAUCAAUUAGAUUUGUUGAAAACUUACAUUGAUGCUGCUCAUGAUAAAGGUAUCAAAACUAGAUUAUGGGAUGUUGCUUGGUGGCCUGUGCAAAAGAGAGAUGCACUAUGGAGACAAAUCAUAAAUGCUGGUUCUGAUUUCUUGAAUGCUGAUGACCUUGAACUGGCUUCAACCUUUGUUUAA